CAGGCAAUUCAUAAGGCAGCCCCACUUGAAGGGUCCUUCUAGCUGGAGGUGACAUUCGCAGUUGCAGCAGACAAGCCGGUAAGAGAAGUCGUGAAAAUUACUCAAAAUAAAGCAUCAUGGCACAGGCAGUCCAGAAACUGGUGGCCAAAGUACCUACUUUGAUCGGAGCCGCUGCUACCUACUCCAAGCCCCGUCUAGCGACCUUCUGGCACUAUGCUAAAGUCGAGCUCGUGCCCCCUUCCCCUGCCGAGAUUCCCCAGGCCAUUAUUGGGAUCAAAAACAUUGUCACCGGUGUCAACAGUGGACGCCUUGGACAGACCACAGUGAAGGACGCAUUCAGAAAUGGAUUGGUGUGCACUGAAGUGUUGAUGUGGUUCUACAUUGGAGAGUGCAUCGGGAAAGGAGGCAUUGUUGGAUACGCUGUAUAAAUCGGACUGUCUGGUUGCUCUGCUCUUAACUUCCACCUCAACUGGAAAUCCAAUUAAUAAAUGUAUAUUGUUUAAAGAA